AUGGUUUGUCAAGCAUCAGGACCAAACGAUCAUCCUAGUACUCCUACAUUUAUACAUAUCUAUAAGAUAUUAUCGUCAUAUUCUAUUUUGAAGCCACCAAAAUCUGGAAACUGUACCAUUUUGGAAACAUCAGCACCUAAGAUUACAUUAUCUGAUAUUAAACAAAUUGUCGAUAAAGAUACAUCUGAAAGGGAAGAUAAAAUAAGAAAUUUAUCAAUACAAUUAGAUACCUUAAUAGAUGAAGGUGUAUGGGAAGCAGAAGAUAUUUUUGAUCACGAUUACACAAAAUCAUCAGUGAAGGAUUGUGUAUGCUAUUAUAUUUGUGGUUAUGUUAGUAAGCAAAUUAUAAAACAUACAAAAUGUAAAGAAUGUACUUCAGCGAUUGUAGCAGGCAAGUUUGCUUGA